AUGAACAAGUUGUCUCUGAGUCUGCUGCUGUUCCUGUCACUGCUGGUUUUGGCCACCAGAGGUCACAAGCAUUGCUACUUCAAGAGUAGAGGUCACUACCACAGCAGAGGAUACCACAUGCAACAAUACCAACCAUCAAGGACUUUCUUUUCAAAAACAUCCCCAACAGCUUAUUCUUAUUUCAUCCAAGGGCCUCAUUUUCAAACCUACUUCAAGUCCCAACCUUCUUCCUAUUCUUAUGUCAAAAGAACCAGACCAACUGUCAAACAUGGCUAUCAACAUCAUCAUUAUCAGAGGAAACAAACAAUUCCUGUGAAUUAUUUUGUGCCUGUGAACAAAAGGGUUUAUACAUUCAGCAAAGGACAUGAACCUGUCAGGAAACCUGAAAUCCAAAAUUCUUCUCCUGCCACUCAUGGGCCAAUCACUUCUUCAACAGAGGGCAGCACUGAACCUACUACAAAAAGUCAAAGUUCUGAAGAUUCUGAUGAAAUCAGAAGACUGUUGGAUCUUGGAUUGGGGCAAAUUGAUGUCAGGUCAAAUCUUACCCCAAGAAACUCUUUCAAUGCUGGAAUCCCAGAGACCCAAGGGGAUAUUGAUACUGUGAAAGAAGAGGAUACUCCAAUGAAAACAUCAUCCCCAACAAGCAUUGAGGUUUCCUCAAAGAAACCCAAGCCUAUUGAUCCUGAAGAAGAUGGUGCUCCAAUUUUCAAAACACCAUCAAUUGUUGAGGAGUCCACAGAAGAAACAAAGCCUAGUGAAUCUGAAGAAGAUGGUCGUCCAGGGACAAAAUCACCACCAAUUAUUGAGAUGUCAACAACAGAAACAUCAAAACCCAAUGAAUCUGAAGAAUAUGGCGUUUCACAUACAAAAUCACCACCAAUGAUUGAGUUGUCAGGACCUAAUGAAUCUGAAGAAGAUGGUGUUCCAGUGACAAAAUCGCCACCAAUUGUUGAGAUGUCAACAACAGAAACAUCAAAACCUAAUGAAUCUGAAGAAGAUGGUGCUCCACUGACAAAAUCACCACCAGUUAUUGAGGUGUCCCCAUCAGAUGAAAGGAGCCCUAAAGGUUCUGUGGAAAGUGAUUCUCCAAUGACAGAGUUGCCACCUACAACUGAGGUGUCUGAAAAAGAACAAAACCCUGAACCACCGCGGACUGAACCACUACCUUCAAAUGAUGAAGCAGUGUCAUCUGAAUUUGAAAUUAUCGACCCCGUCAUCCCAGCGCCAUCUACCGUUGAAUCCGGAGAAAACUUCCGCGAAGAUCUGCCAGAUGAAGCGCUGCUAGACACAGAUGUCGCUCCUGUUGAGCGACUCAAGAGCUCCACUGAUGCUAUCCAGACAACAGUUCAGCCAUCUUCAAAAGAAGUUCAAAGGGAUUCCCGAAUCAGUGCAAAAAACAUGGAAAACAUGGGGGGUUGUUUGGAGGCAGUUUCAACGUUUAUGGAGGUGGUUACAAUCAUGGUUAUGGAGGAGGAGGCAUUUAUUCCCCCUAUGGAGGAGCAGGUGCAUACCCUGGAAUUGGUGGACCUGCUUUUAAUGGUUUCAAUGGAGGAGGUGGAAUUGGAGGACUUUAUGGUGGCUACCAAGGAGGAUACAAUCCAUUUAACUAUGGCUGAGCUGUGGACUCCUUGGAAAAUACUUAUGUCAGUAGUGGUUCUGCUCUUCCUGGUGUCCCUGGCUGCAACUUAUCCAGCAACCCAAGACAGUGAAGUGACAGUUGUUGAGACAGAUGAGACUGCUUCAACCAUUGCAGAAAUCUCUACAGUCAUUCCUGAGGAAGUGAAAGAGAAGAAAGACUUUGACAAUAUUAAGGAAACCGAUUCAGAUUCAGACUCCAGUGAGGAAAAAUACCACCUCAACAAUGGUUAUAAUGACUAUGGAACCUUUGGUGUGAGUGGAGGUGAAGGAUUUGCUGGAAAAGGUUUCAAUGACUAUGGCACCUUUGGAAAAAACUGGGACAAGGAUGAGCUUCAGCGGACGCGGACUUUGUUUUCCAGGUUCGCCAGUAGAGAUCCCGGCAUUGGAGCGUUUCCCGGAUACAGUAUUGAAACGCCGUUUGGACGCAGGUGUUGGACUGGGUCUAAAAAGCUUUGCUGCAACAAUGAAUUCUUUCAAACUUUCAACAUUGAUCUGAGGGGCAAUAAUGCCACAGAAAAGGCUCCAACAACUGAAAGGGAUUCAAGGUUCUUGGAUGACAACAAUUCCAGAAAAGAGCCACCAAGCUUCCCAAGACAACCAGGCAAUCCCAACUUUGGCCCAGAAGGGUUUGGUGAAAUUCCCACCAGGCCAAAAAUUCCUGGGGACAUUACCGAUCCCCAGAGAGGUUUGCCACCACCUGGUAGACAGCCAAACAGGUUCAACCCAGAAAGACCUCAGGGGAAUUACCUGCCACCAAGAUUCCCUGAUAAUUGAUAUGGAUUUACUCAUUAUAUAUAUCAAAGAAAUUGCGUUACUUGACCUUUGCUUUGAUGAUAAAUAAACAAUAUAUUGAAGUCAUUA